AUGGAAAACUAUUUUAAUUCAAUAAAAAUUUAUAAAGUUUUCAUACUGCAGAUCUCAGUUGCAAUGGCACAGGAUGGAAAAACAGUGACAAUAGAUGUUACCAAGUUUACAGAAGCGGUAAAUAGUGUUAUGUCAUCUGCACAGGUUUCACUAAAAAAUGCAUUUAAUACAAGUGAUAAUUUUUUUCAUUUUCUUAAUCAAAAAAUAAUUAAGGCGCUUAAAGGAGAUGAAAGUGCUUGGCAAGAUCCCAAAAUUACCAUCCCACUUGCUUAUCUUUUACGUAAAAAGAAAUCUAGUAAACGUAAAAAGCAUUUGGAACGAACUUCAAAGUAUGACCCUUCAACACAGUCACCAGAAGAAGGAAUGGUGGAUGAAUUGUUUGUACCUCCAGAAGUCUAUCGAACUCCAAUGUUAUGUCCACAAAUGUAUCAAAAUCCAAUGUUGUAUCCACAAAUGGCUCAAACGCAAAUGCUACACCCAAACAUAUCACCAUUACAAAUGCAGCAAUUACAAAUGCAACAGUUGCAAAUGCAACAAUUACAGAUGCAACAAUUACAAAUGCAACAGUCGCAAAUGUUACAUCCACAUAUGUCACAAUUACAAAUGCUACAUCUGCAAGAACAAAGUCCUAGUGAAUAUGAACAAAUGCAACAUAAUCAAUAUGAACAAGAACAAUAUGAAAAAGAACGUUGGAUACAAGAUCAAUUGCUACAACAACAGUUGCAACAAGAACAGUAUGAUGACGAAGAAUAUGAUCAAGAAAAUUUGCACGAAGAUCAUUGGUUGGAUGAUGAUAUGAAACAGGAAAAAUUGCGACAAGAACAAUGGCUACAAGAACAAUUGCAAGAAGAGGAAAUGCAAGAAAAAGAAAAAAAUGAAAUAAUAAAAAGAAGAGAAAUAAAAGAAAAACGUGAAAGCAUUGGAGAAAGCCAAGGAAAUGAAAAAAGUGACAUAAAAGGAAGAAUAGAAAGGAAAGAAAAAAGUGAAAGGAAUAGCGAAAGUGAAGGGAAAGGAAGAAUAAAAAAAGAAAAAAGUGAUAGUAAUAGCGAAAGUGAAGGGAAAAGGAGAAGAAUAAAAAAAGAAAAAAGUGAUAGUAAUAGCGAAAGUGAAGGGAAAAGGAGAAGAAUAAGAAAAGAAAAAAGUGACAGUAAUAGCGAAUGUGAGGGGAAGAGGAGAAGAAUAAAAAAAGAAAAAAGUGACAGUAAUAGCGAAAGUGAAGGGAAAGAGAGAAAAGUAAGAAAAAAAAAUAGUGACAGUAAUAGCGAAAGUGAAGAGAAAGAGAGAAAAGUAAGAAAAAAAAAUAGUGACUGUAAUAGCGAAAGUGAAGGGAAAGAGAAAAAAGUAAGAAAAGAAAAUAGUGAUAGUAAUGAAGACAGUGAAGGAAAAGAAAAAAGAUAUAGAAAAGAAAAUAGUGAUAGUAAUGAAGACAGUGAAGGAAAAGAAAAAAGAUAUAGAAAAGAAAGAAGAGCAAGAAAAAAAAGAAGUGAAAGUAUUGAACUAAAUGAAAGUAUUGAACUAAAUGAAAGUAGUGUACGAAAUGAAAGCUGUGAGCAAAAUGAGAGAAAUGAAGAUUGUGAUACUAAUGAAAUAAAUGGAAGUAGUGAAUAUAAUUUAACGCCAAAUGAAUAUUCCAACAUUGAACAUACAAGUUCAAACGAGGAUAUACUUUAUCUAGGAUAUCACCCAACAUCCAAAUAA